AAGAGAAGUGACACAGACUUUAGGGAAAGUCGUGGAAAGAAACGGCCUUAACUCCGCCUCCACUGCUCAAGUUACACUUCCAACAGGUGUUAAUGUGAUUGCGAAUGGUUCUGUGCCCUGUGACUGGCUGGCAACUGAUUCAGGGUGUACCCCACCUCCUGCCCGAAGACAGCUGAGUUAUGCUCCAGGACUUCCUCGUCACUUGGUGUACCCGCCUCCUGCCCCACUGUAGCUGGAAUAGGCUCCAGCAGUCCCGUGACCCUCGUGAGGAUAAGUGGGAUGUUGCUUGCAGUAUGCUUUAGUCACUGUUAUCAUAGUAAGUGAAGUGUUUUGACUUAGAUAUAUUUUUUUGUUGGUAACAUUCAUAUUAGACUUCUGCACAUACUUGCAUGAGGUCUUUAGUCCUCACGUUCAUUAGUCUGCAUACAGUUCCAGUUUGUUUGACAUAUAACAGGGUUCGCACGCGGCCCUAAAAGUCCCUAAAAACCCCUCAAUUUUCGAAGGUGCAUUUAGGGGCUCCUAAAAGUCCUUAAAAAUCCGCGAAAACUGGUCAAGCCCCUAAAAAGGCCUUAAAUUAAAAAAAAUGAAAGGGAGGACCUCUACCGCCAAAAUUCUCGCCCAAAAAAAAAUGUAUCUUUUAUUUAAAAAAAAAAUAGCGAUCCGUCUGGCGUCCAAAACAGCCGGAAAUCGUCAACGGAAGUCACCGUGUUGACAACUAGUCGCCAUCUUGUCAAUAUUCCAUUGUUUGUUUCCGUGAGUAGGCAUUUCACUUUGUCUUCGUGACGACGUAGCGCAGUUCUUUCAUCGAUUCAAUUGUAUCACGGGGAAGUGCAUUUUUCAAAAAGCUUGGGUUGAAAGUAAGGAGUUUGGGAGCUGGGUUGGUUGAUAUCCAAAAGAUCGGCACAUGUUUUACUGCCAUCUGUGCAACCAGAGUUACCAGCUUGAAAAGAUGGGCGUCAAAGUGGCGGAAAAACAGGAGACACGCUGAUUUGGCGAAGACUCUCUCAUUUUCCGUUGGUAUGAAUCUGUUUCUUAAAUAUCAAGAUAGUGAAGCAUCAACUUCAGGCAGUGGUACUCGCAGUGCAUGCGCACCUACACUUGUCCAGCCAUCGACUUCAACCAGCCAGAAGUCAGGCUUUAUGAACGUAGUUCAAUCCACGAAGAUGGACUCGUUAAAGGCAGAGAUCGUGUGGACUUUAAAAGUGAUCUGCAGCCAUUACAGUUACAAAUCUUUUGAAAAUAAUUCCAAAGUGUUUGCAGUCAUGUUCCCAGACACUGACAUUGCUAAAAACUACCACUGUGAGGAAAGGAAGACUUCGUACCUGGCUACAUUUGGCAUCGCUGCCCACUUUUCAUCUCUACUGCCGCAAAGCCAAAAAAAGCCAGAAUAGAGACUGACAUAUCUACGCUUGUUGAGAAGGCUGACAGGAGAAAAGAGGAAUCUGAGGUUUAUCACCGAGGCCAAUGCACUCAGAGGCAGAGCAAAGGACAAGAGAGCCAUUUUGGCACCUCUGCAGCAACAAAUAGAGGAGACACUGGGUAGGCUCAAGGAGCUAGAGUAGGGGUGCUGAGACAGACAACUGUCAUGAUCCUGCCGCUCCAGCACGAGCUGUGCGGGUGUCCGCGCAGGUGCGCUGAUUGGGAGGUGCACACCUGCGUCUCAUGCAGCCUGAUUAUGCUGUGGAUUUAUAUGACCGCGAUGACAACUGGCCGGGGCCAGUUUGUUGAUCUUCAUGUCCCGUUCGUGUGCUCCGGUAUCCCUGAUUGAACCUGUGUGUACCGACCUUCGUCCGUUCUCCGACCAACUUUGUAAGCCUGACUCCUUCGUUACUUCUGCCUGCUUUGAUUGUUCUCCUGUGUACCGACUCCUGCCUGCCCACUCACCUGCUCUGUUCGCCCGACGUCCCAACUACCGCUGCUGCACCGGACAGCCUGCUCGAUCCCCGACCUCUGCAUAUAAUAAACGUGUCUCCUUGAACUACCUUGCAUCUUCCGAGUCCUGCAUUUGGGUCCUACUCUCGUUCCAAUGGGACGUGACAGAACGAACUGGCCACAACAGGACCCAGCAGGAAAGACCCGGCGUCGCCGGGACCGACGCAAGGUAGACCGUCUGCCGGAGGACCAAGCCUGUCCAAUCCGGGUAGGCUCCCUGACGUCCUCCGCUUCCGCGUCUUAUGCUCCGCCAGCGAGGUAUGAAUACGUCCCGAACACGACCCGUCCGGCUCCUCAUAUUCUUCUGGACUCUGACUUUUCGGAAUAUGAGAAGGACCGUGAUUUGUAUGACCGGCUGGCUGAGUGCGACUCCGAUGACUUUGAUUUUGAAUCUCUUUGCCCGGCUUUUCAUCCCAGUCAGUUUGCUCCACCUCCCCGCGUUCCCAGCAUCCGAACGUCUUCGCCCGGUGGAUACAAAUACACCAAUCCGUUUGAGGGAACCCGCUUAGCCAUCUACCAGGGACCUCCGCGUGACGGCCAGAGGAGACGCCCCGGCCGGGCGCUCCCCGGUGCCUCUCGCUGCGCGGCAACUAAGACAUCGUCCUCCCACUCCUCACCGGCAACGGCGAAACCGGCAGACCCGCAGCUGGUGGCCAAGUUUCCGGCCCAGAGGGAGGAGGAGCCGCCAAAUCGCGAUGCAUUCUACCGUGAAAUGCGGGUGGAGAUAGAGCGGCAGAGCGCCGAAUUGGCGGCUCUCACGUCCCAGGUCCGACAUGGAUUGGCGAACCAGCCGAGCUAUGCUAACGUCGCAACGGCGAUGGACUCGCUGCUGACACAGGUUCACGUGGCUGUUGGAACUGACCCGCUCCUGAGACACGCCCACGUGUCAGUUUUGACUGACUCUCUGCCUACUCUCGUUCACGUUGGUGCGGAAACAGACCCGCCCCCUCGCCAAGCGCACGCCGCAGUGGGUACGGACUCGCCACCUCGCCAAGUGCACGUCGCAGUGGGAACGGACUCGCCACCUCGCCAAGUGCACGUCGCAGUGGGAACGGACUCGCCACCUCGUCAAGUGCACGUCGCAGUGGGUACGGACUUGCCACCUCGCCAAGCGCACGUACCUGUGGAAACUGACCCGCCUCCUUGCCAUUCCCACGUCGAGGUUUUGGCUGUUCCGAGCAGAGUUCACGCGACAGUUGGAACUCACCCACUCCCGAGACACGACCACGUGUCACUUUCGACUGACUCUGCCGACUCUCGUUCACGUUGCCUUGGAAACGGAUUCGCCACCGCAACACGCCCACGUUGCUGUUUCAACGGAUGGACUGCAAGCUCACGUGGCAGUGGGGACCGACCCGAUGCCGCCUCACGUUGCUGUCCAGGAGGUGGCGACCGGCCCGCAGUCACUCCCCGUUCCUGCUCUGUUGGCGACGGGCACGCCCAUACGUUCCCGUCCAGGAGGUGGCGACGGUGACACUGACGCUGCCUUCUCACGUUCCUGUCCAGGAGGCGGUGACGGUUCCCCAGCCGCCUCACGUUCCCGCCCAGGAGGAGGUGGAGUUGGUGAUGCUGCCUCCGCCUUCUCACGUUCCUGUCCAGGAGGAGGUGGUACUGGCGCUGCCUUCUCACGUUGCUGUCCAGGAGGUGGCGACAGUUCCCCAGCCGCCUCA